AUGAUAGGAGGCAGACGUACGCCCGCGCCGCGGCUGGUGAUGUUUUUGCUUGCUUGUUUCGCCGUGCAGCAGCUCUUCGCUUCAGAUCCGGUCGGUGGCUUUGCGAUUUUUUUCAUUAUUUUGUACCCUAUUUGUUGAUGUUGGUAGAUGAUGCGGCAGUUUCGAGUUUUCUUUUCUGAUGGAAAUCCUUUUGGACUUUUUUUUGGCGCGUUUUCUGUUCUGAUCAUAGGAAAUUUCGAUCCUUAUGCAGCUAUUCUACGAAUCGUUCGACGAGACGUUCGAGGGACGGUGGAUCGUAUCAGAGAAGGAUGACUACAAGGGUAUGUCCCUCCGAUUCCCGAGCUUUUCAUACUUGCUGUCUCUUCAUUCGUCGUCCAAAUUUAACAGCAGGGUAAACUGGAUAUCUUAUGGAUUGCGGUGUGUACUCUACUGUUUUUCCACCAACUCUGUCUGCCACGGAUCUGAAAAUGUGUUUCAGAUGGUCGAUGUGCUGAAAUGACGGUUUUAGUGGGAAAUGUUGAAAUCAGUGUAUAAUAAUUUUUGUUUGAUUGUUGAUAAAGAUUUUGUGAUAUUGAUGUAUAAUAUAUCUGACGGUUUCUCGUGUUAAUAUUGUCCAACGAGCUACUUUGUUUUUUUUUUUUUGCAUUGAGAUCAUGGCGACGAAAAUGACAGCCUGGAUUUUAAUUUGAGGUUUAUUUUCGUGAUUUUAUUUAUCUCAUGUAUCCUUCAUCUUCGUAUAGUCUUUUCGCGUUGUUAUGCUUCAGAGGGCGCCAUAAUUUUAAAAUAAAAAUCAAUGCACUUCAAGCAUUAUUUUGAUCUUUGUCAGUUCUAAUUCGCAUUGGACAAGCAGAAACGACGAUAUUUUCCUUUUAAGUUGUUAAGAUAAUUAUUUCAGACAGAUUGUGAUUGUUCUCUAGGAGUUUCUGUGAACUGUUACAGCAAAUAACCUAUUUUCUAAUCCCAUUUAGUCUUUUUGUAUGAACGUAAUUGAAACAUUUCUUCUACGCAGACAGCCCUAACGUUUGAUUGUGCAUAAGUCUCCAUUCAGUGUGAAACCAUUGUCUGCCAGAUAGAUCAUUUGUGGAAGAAUUGUUAGUAGUCGCAGUGUUUUUAAAGUGAUUCCUGGACUUUGUGACCGAUUUCAGUUUCUAGUCGUAGUUGUCAGGGCAUGUGUGUGCGUUUCAAUGUUACGAAUAAUAAACAUACUUCGAACAACACAUCUGGCCCAUGGGGUCAGUGAUAUCUGGAAUGCUCUUCCAUAACCAAUCAAUUAAAAAUUUCUUUCCAAGUUACCUGUUCUUUGUUGCCUUUUAUUAUCAUGCGUCAUAUCUCACACAAUUUGUGCUCAGGUACUUGGAAACAUUCGAAGAGCGAGGGUCAUGAGGACCAUGGUCUGCUUGUUAGCGAACCAGCAAAGAAGUACGCAAUUGUAAAGGAACUUGACGAAGCUGUCAAUCUCAAAGAUGGAACCGUUGUUCUACAGUACGAGGUCCGCCUUCAGAACGGACUUGAAUGUGGGGGAGCAUACCUGAAGUAUCUCCGACUGCAGGAAGCUGGAUGGAUUCCUAAAGAAUUCGACAAUGAGUCUCCUUACUCCAUAAUGUUUGGACCGGAUAAAUGUGGAGGCACCAAUAAAGUGCAUUUCAUUCUCAAGCACAAGAACCCCAAGACUGGUGAAUAUGUGGAGCAUCAUCUCAAGUUCCCACCAUCUGUCCCAUACGACAAGCUGACUCAUGUGUACACUGCCAUCUUGAAGCCUGACAAUGAGGUUAAGAUUUUGAUUGAUGGCGAGGAGAAGAAAAAGGCAAACUUUCUGUCAGGUGAUGAUUUCGAGCCCCCACUCGUUCCUUCAAAGACAAUUCCAGAUCCCGAUGACAAGAAGCCUGAGGACUGGGAUGAGAGAGAGAAAAUUCCUGAUCCUGACGCAGUGAAGCCUGAUGACUGGGAUGAGGAUGCUCCCAUGGAAAUUGAAGAUGAGGAGGCUGUGAAGCCAGCAGGGUGGUUGGAUGAUGAGCCUGAGGAGAUUGACGAUCCAGAGGCAACCAAGCCAGAGGAUUGGGAUGAUGAAGAAGAUGGUGAGUGGGAAGCACCAAAGAUUGAUAACCCAAAGUGUGAAGCUGCACCUGGUUGUGGGGAGUGGAAGAGGCCGAUGAAGACGAAUCCUGCCUACAAGGGUAAAUGGCAAGCUCCCCUGAUUGAUAACCCCAACUACAAGGGUACUUGGAAGGCACAGGAGAUCCCCAAUCCCAGCUACUUUGAGAUUGAGAAGCCUGACUUUGAGCCCAUCGCCGCCAUUGGCAUUGAGAUUUGGACCAUGCAGGAUGGUAUCCUUUUUGACAACAUUUUGAUAUCUGACAAUGAGAAGGUGGCUGAAUCUUAUCGGGAAACGGUAUGGAAGCCUAAGUAUCAGGUUGAGAAGGAGAAGGAGAAGGCUGAAGAGAAGGCUCCAGGGCUUCCGGGCUCACUUUCCGGCAUUCAGGUGAGAGUAGUCAUUUUGGGUCACUUCCACCCUACUAUCGUGAGUUUGCAAAGGCCUUAAACUCUAACAUUGUUGUCUCUCUCUCUCUUCCUCUCUAAAUCUUUCAGAAAAAGGUAUUCGAUGUCCUUUACAAAGUGGCUGGGAUUCCUUUCUUGGAACCGUACAGGCCCAAGAUCAUCGUAAGCAUCCCUCAGAAUCUCUUACGCAUUUCUGCUCCCAAUUAAUCACCGCUGUCUGAUCAAUUCGCCACGCUUGUUAAAUCUGACAGGACGUGAUUGAGAAGGCCGAGCAGCAGCCCAACGUGACAAUCGGAGUCCUCGUCUCGAUCGGUGUGGUCAUCAUCACGGUCAUCUUCAAGAUUCUCUUCGGAGGGAAGAAGAAACCAGCGGUAGGUUUUCUCGUUCAGCUUCUUUACCGAAGAUGCUUCGGCUACAUCGUAGGUAGGUCAUUUGAACUGUUUAAUGACUCUUUCUUUCUGCAGACUCCUGCCCCAGCUGCUGCCGAGACGACGAAGCCUGCGGAGUCCUUGAACGGAAGCGGUGGGGAGGAGGAGGACGAGCAGGACGCCUCGGCCACCGCACGCCCCAGGAGGUCGAGACGUGAAACAUAG